CGCACCGUCAAGACGCAGCGAUGAACAACGCCACCGUGCCCGCCGGCCCGCCCGAGCUCCCGCCCUCGGUCCUGCACGCGAUCUACCAGGCCGUCGGGAACACCCAGGCGGCGCGGUACAACUACCUCGCGUUGGCGAUAUGCUUCUUGUACGACAUGUCGUUAACGUUCGCGGACGAGGUCGAGUUCAUAUGGAUGCGGCCCGCGUCGCUGCUCAAAUACCUCUUCAUCGCGAACCGGUAUCUGUCGCUGCUCCAGAGCAUUUUCAGCCCGAGCAUAUUCCUCUACACCGGCCUGAACCUCUCGAGAUCCGUACGCGCCGGCUUCCUCAUCUGGCAAUCCGCCGAGGCGCUCAUCAACUUGGCCAUCAUCGACGCGAUCCUGAUCAUCCGGAUAUGGGGCAUGUACGCCGGCUCGCGCGCCGUCCUCCUCUUCCUCUCCGUCUUCGCCGCGAUAGGCUGGGCCGCCAGCGUCGUCCUCAUGUCCGUCUCUCUCAGCCGCCACCCCAUCGUCUCCCAGCCCGACCCCGGCUUCGUCGUCUGCGCCGGCACGCUCCCCUCAUACUUCGCGGCCUACUGGAUCCCGAUCCUCGCCGUCGACCUCACCUUCGCCGGCUUCAUGGUCUACAAGGGAUACCUCAACUGGCGCGCCGACACCGUCUCCGUCCUCACCGGCAUCUCCGGCCGGCACCUCGCCAACCUCCUCGUGCGCGACUCGGUCAUGUACUACCUCUUUAUUAACGCCGUCUACGGCAUGAACGCCGCGAUGUGGUUCUGGGCGCCCGAAACGCUCAUCGAAGCCGCCGCGCCCUGGGGCAUCUUCCUCCCCACGAUCAUGGUCGCCCGGCUCGUGCUCAACAUCAAAGCCGACGCCGAGCGCGGACGCGGCUCGGGCGACACCACCGAGCUCACCACCUUCGACGCCGCCGCGUACAACGUCCACUCGGGCACCCACUCGGGCUCUCACGCCGGGUCCGGGGCGAGGGGCGGCGGGAAGAAGAUGCCUCACAACAAGGGUUCGAUCAACUUUGCGCACUCGGCGGUGGACUCGAUGGGCUUUGGGUACGGCGAGGAGUCGGAGAUCGCGAGGACCGAGGAGUCGGGGUCGGGCGGGUACGGGGGGACGUCGGUCGAGGGCAAGGCGUAUUGAUUUUUU